AUGGCUCGUCGCCGAGUAAAGAAGAGAACGCACAUGGGUGCCAGUAACCCAGAAUCCAAUAUUCAGGGCCAUGCAUCAGCCAAGGAUCCCAAGAGUAUGGUCAUUCGCAUUGGCGCUGGUGAGGUCGGCACCAGCGUCAGCCAGCUCGCCACCGAUGUUCGCAAAGUCAUGGAGCCGGGCACUGCGAGUCGGCUCAAGGAGCGCAGAGCAAACAAGCUCAAGGACUACCUCGCCAUGUGCGGUCCGCUGGGCGUCACACAUCUGAUGCUCUUUUCCCGAUCUGAGAGCGGCAACACGAAUCUGCGCGUGGCACUGACACCGCGUGGCCCAACGAUGAACUUUCGCGUGGAUCAGUAUUCGCUAUGUCGCGAUGUACAGAGGAUUCAAAAGCACCCAAAGGGCAUGGGCAAGGAAUUUCUCACAGCGCCCCUGCUCGUCAUGAAUAAUAUGAGCCUUCCCGGUGCCGAUAGCAACUCCAAAGUACCAAAGCAUCUCGAGUCACUGGCCACGACCGUCUUCCGGUCCAUGUUCCCUCCCAUUAACCCCCAGGCGACACCGCUCAAGUCUAUUCGCCGAGUCGUUCUCAUCAACCGCGAACAGUCCGGGGAAGACGACGGCACAUUUGUCCUCAGUUUUCGCCACUACGCCAUAACAACACGACACACGGGCGUCUCGAAGCAACUACGCCGCAUCAACGCCGCCGAGAAGCUCAUGACGACCAAGACCUCGCGUCAAGGACACAUGCCUAAUCUUGGCAAGCUGCAGGAUAUUGCAGACUACAUGGUUGGCCAGGAUGGCGAGGGUGGCUACAUGACAGACGCGACCAGCGGCAGCGAAGCCGACACCGAUGCCGAAGUCGAAGUCCUCGACGCGGCGCCGCGCAAGGUGCUGUCGGCAAAGGCCCGACUGGCCGCCGCGCACAACGGUGAGGCGGAGCAGACCGAGGACGGCACCGUGGAGCGCCGCGCCGUCAAGCUCGUCGAGCUGGGCCCGCGGAUGCGCCUGCGGCUGACCAAGGUGGAGGACGGGCUGUGCGGCGGCAAGAUUAUGUGGCACGAGUACAUCAACAAGAGCAAGGACGAGGUCAAGGAGCUGGAGAAGCGCUGGCAGAAGCGGCGACAGGAAAAGGAGGCGCGCAAGAAGGAGCAAAAAGCCAACGUGGAUCGCAAAAAGGCGGAAAAGGAGGCGCGAAAGGGCAGCAAAGGGGACGGCGGUCAGGACGAAGAUGAGGAUGAGGACGAGGAUAUGGAGGAUUAUAGUGAUUUUGAUUAUGAGGCUGGUGGUGGUGAUGCGGGAGGCGGUCAGGACGAUGAAGACGACGAGUAA